AUGAGCUGUGGCAAAUUGAUUGUCAAAGGUUGCACUCAUGCAUGUACCCUAGAAUGUCAGCCUGGAUCUUGUCUGCCUUGUCAUGUGGUAAUCAAAACUGCCUGUUAUUGCCUCAAGACCUUCUGCACCAUCUGUUGUAGUGAGAUUCAUAGUAUCCAAAGCCAUUUGAAUCAAAUUAAAAAUAGACUAUUGAUAUGUGAACAAAUCUGUAAUUAA